AUGAAGGCAGAAAACAACAUCAAGCUGAAAUUAGAACUAAUUGAAAGUUAUAGACAGAGUAUAGAUAUUCCAAAGGAGGUAGAUGAGUUGAAGAAUAGAGAAGAGUUAUUUGAUGAUUCAACUAUGUGGCACAUAGGUUCAUUGAAAUUUAAAAUUAUGGAUGAUGAAAUGAGCGAAUUACAUGAUAAGAUAAAUGCCCUCAAAAAAAGUAAAAGCAGAAAGACUAUUAGCUGGAUUGGUUCUGCAAUCUGA